CGCGAGCCUGCCAUCCGCACGUUCGCUCGUUCGGCCGUACUCGUUUCUCCGUCUUUCGUUCAUCUCUUUUCCACGUCGCAAUGGCCGCCUCAGACGAACUCGAGUACCUCAAGACACUUGUAUCGCAGUUGAACGCGAAGAUCGAGGCCUUGGAGGCGAAAGCGAAGAAAGCAGUCGCGUCACAUAAGACGCCAGCGCAUCAGUUGCGCACAAUCCUCAUGGGUCCGCCGGGCGCAGGGAAGGGUACACAGGCGCCGCGGAUUCGUGAGGAGUUCUGCGUGUGCCACCUCGCGACGGGCGACAUGCUCCGCGAACAGGUCACGAAGAAGACGAAGCUCGGCGUGGAGGCGAAGAAAAUCAUGGAUGCGGGAGGCCUCGUGAGCGAUGACAUCAUGGUCGGCAUGAUCAAAGACCAGCUAGAGCACAAUCAGGAGUGUAAGAACGGCUUCGUCCUGGACGGAUUUCCGCGAACAGUCCCCCAAGCCGAGAAACUCAACUCCAUGCUCCAGGCGCGCAAAGAAAAGCUCGACUCUGUCGUGGAACUCGUGUAUGACGAUCAGCUACUGAAUUCCCGUAUCACCGGGCGUCUGAUCCACCCUGCUAGCGGCCGCACGUACCACAAGGAGUUCAACCCUCCAAAGAAGCCCUUCGUGGAUGAUGUCACGGGCGAACCGCUCGUGCAGCGUUCAGACGACAACGUGGAGGCUCUGCGCAAGCGUCUGGCCGUGUUCCACACACAGACUGGGCCUGUGGUGGAGUACUACAAGGCCAAGGGUCUGUGGCGACCGAUUGACGCAGCACAGUCCCCGGCACUUGUCUGGGACAACCUCCGUAGAGUAUUCGCGAAGCAGCAAUAGACGAUAGACACUGCGAGCUUCAUCUGUACACCAGUAUGCGUCGCAUGUGCACAUUGGCAUUGAUUGCUUUGACGCCUGCUAUCUAAUCUUGCUGUAGGAAUGACCACAUUGAAGCAUCGCGACUCCACUACCUUCUUUCCAUCGACCGGCA